AUGGCCCCGCGUCAAACAAAGUCAGACGCCAGAAAGGCUGGGUGUCAAACAAAGGCAAACGUCAGAAAGAUCUCGCAAGGGAAGCAGCCUCAAGGUGUCAAGAAGCCUCGAUCGCGAGAAGCCGAAGAUUCACUCCAUAUUCCUGCGAAGCGCCCUCAAAAUCGACUGCGAAUAUCUCUUGUGAGCUCUGCUGCUGAGAACUCCGUUGGGGACACACCUGGCCAGGAAGCGGCAAGCAGUCUCCACGGGAACGAGAUUAAUCCUAUCCACUGGUGGACGCAGAAAGGAAUCUGGCCUAAGGAAUAUUUUGAAGAGGGUAGCAACAUGUACCACCUACUUGCAAGGAAAAAAUCCACAUCUUCUCUUCGCCGUAAACAAUCAGAAUCUAGCUCUGUCGCCAGCUCUACCACACCCAGCGAUCAAAAGCCACGGGAGGAGAAGAGUGCUCCUUACAGAAACCCGCGCUACGAAAUCAUCCUUGAAACCAAGGGUAGCUUUAUGGGGAAGUCGGAGCUGGGCAUAAUAGAUGAAAGCAGAGAUCUUUGUCAACGCUUACUUGAAACGGAGCAAACGAUCCCUAAAGAUUCGCUCUUUCGGGAUGAUGUGUUUGACAAUCUUUGUGAAAUGAUACGAAACAGAAACGAACCCAAGGUCAUUCAGGAUAUUUCUCGGCUGAUCGUCCCUUCAGCACAAACCCUAGCCAUAUAUGGCGCGAAACAUCUCGAGGUCUUGAUUGAGAGCAUUAAUGAAGGCUGGGAUAACUCCAUUUCCGUAACUAAACCUCGUCCGCAGCCUGAUUAUUCUGUGGGGUUUGGACGGUCUGCAUUUACAGAUGUCCAACUUGACAAGCUCAAGCCUUUUGUUGGCGAGAUUGCUGAUUCUUGUACUUCUUACUUCAUGGCAACAUUUUACAUGUACUUCCCAUUCCUAACAUGUGAGGUCAAGUGUGGCGCAGCGGCGCUUGAUAUCGCCGACCGACAGAAUGCCCACAGCGCAACUAUAGCAGUGAGAGCAAUUGUUGAGUUAUUUAGGCUGGUGAAGCGCGAAAAAGAGGUUGAUCGAGAGAUUGUCGCAUUUUCAAUCUCGCAUGACCACACGGCAGUGAGGAUCUAUGGCCAUUAUGCUGUUCUUGGAGCAGACAGAACUGCUUUCUACCGCCACCCGAUUCGCAAAUUUGAUUUCACGGAACAAGAUGGCAAGGAGAAGUGGGCGGCAUACAAAUUCACGAGGAGUGUCUAUGACAUAUGGAUGCCAACUCAUCUAAAAAGAAUCUGCUCAGCGAUUGAUCAGAUUCCCCCUAAUGUGGAGUUUGAUAUAUCGCAAUCUGAACUUGACUUCUCCCAACAAUCCAACACUGAAUCGGUACCCCUGGAAGCGGACGACAGCCAGUCAAGCCAGCUACGCUAUAAUGACUCAGCAGGUGUUACCCCUACCAGCUCUUUCACUGAGCAAACGCAAGUAUUCAAAAAGCCGAGUAAGAAACGUUUGGCCGAAUAA